AUGUCGUCUGAUUUCGGCGUACACCAGUUGUUGAUGCCAUUCGACGGCAAUCAACCUGGACCAUCGAGAAUGAUAGUAGACUCCCCUACCAAUACGCCACCGACGACGGAUCCGUCUGACCUCCUUCGGCUCCUUAGUGAAGGAAGUGGAUCCUCCGACUCACCCAAAGCACAUCUUGAACGACUUCUUAGUAGUGCCAGUGAUUUACAUGAUGGUUCCUCACCUAUGGCAAUGGAUGCUUCAAAUCCAUUCCCUAUGGGCAUGGAUCUGUCCAUGUUUGGUGAUCUCACGGGGGCUGGUGCUUUGAGAAACUCAUCAAAGACGUUAAAAUGCCCCAAGUGUAACUGGCACUAUAAAUAUCAGGAGACCUUAGAGAUCCACAUGAAAGAAAAGCAUUCAGAUGGCGAGGUGAAAUGUGGCUAUUGUGCUGAGAAUCGUGUACAUCCAAAGCUCGCCCGUGGUGAGAGCUACUCAUGCGGCUAUAAACCGUACAGAUGCGAACUUUGUAAGUACAGUACAACUACAAAAGGCAAUUUGAGCAUUCAUAUGCAGAGUGACAAGCAUCUUCAUGCGGUACAAGAGCUCCCGAGUAGCAUC